GUCCGCAGCUAUGUGAUUCUUACGACCGCCAGAUGGCACUACUCUCGCUCGAGAAACUGCCUGUCUAUACUUUUCUUUACUACUCGCAGUUUGUUCUGCAUGUGUCAUCUGCGUGUGUCAAAAACGACACCUCGGCCGUGUCGGACUCGUUCGUGAAUCGAGCUCCUGUGACAAUAAGAAGCAGAAGGUAAACGAUACCUCACCAAGAUUCCGGCUAACACUCCGCGUCGUGUCCGAACAAUUUGCGGAAUCGCGAGAAAUGGCGGACCCCAAAUACGCUGAUUUACCUGGAAUCGCGUACGACCAGCUCGACGUAUACGAGACGAGCGAUCUGCCGGAGUCGGAGCAAAUACGAAUGUAUUGCGAGGAUGAGCCCGACAGCUCUUGCGUGGAACAGCUGCACAUCAGUGCCAAGGAAGCGUUCGGCAAGUUCAAGGGCAAGCAGAUUAUCGGGAAGCCGGUCGACUUCUCAGAUCGUCUGUCCAACAAGCCGAGAACGGGAUACAAAUUCGGCGAUUGGGAACUCGUCGGCGAGGGCGAGAAGGAGACACCCCUUCAGAAGUUCCAACGACUGCAGUGUGAAGUUAAAGAGCUGUACGAAGAGGUGAACGAGCUAAAGGAAAAAUCGAAGGACCAGGAAGAGGUCAAGUCCGCGAGCGAGAUCAUUUCUCAGGCGCGGCAGAUAGAAAAGCAGUUGGUGUCUCUGAAGCUGGAAGAAUGUCUAGGGCCUGACAUAGUCGCGAGUCUGUCGGAUCCGCAAGGCACUAUACUUAAGCAAUUGGUAUCGCAAAUAGAACUGUUUAAGCAGACCAGCGUGCCUCCAUCCAAAUUACCGGACAGUAAAAAGAAGGACGAAUCGGUCGAGCCUAAUGUCCUAAAGUAUCAGAUGAUGUACUUGCCAGAAAAGGCGAGGAUGCAGGAAGCCGCGAGAAUCGCGCAGCUUGAGCAGAGACUCUGCUGCCUAGAGAAUAUCGUGGGGACAAGUAACGACAAGCUGUCGAAGUUCUCGCAAAAUCUCAAGUGUGAAGGCGUAAUGGAAGCUGUGCAACAACUGGAGGCAAAGGCCGCGUUGUUGGAUGUUAAUCAAUUGGACACCAUUGAAACGAGAUUGGGCACUUUGAUUUACCGGAUGGACAGCAUCGCGCAGAAGAGAGCGACGACGGAACAAGAAUCGGAGCAAGAGCAAAAGAUUUCAGAGAUGUAUGAAAUAAUGAAGAAAACGGAUGCCGUGUCGCAAAUACUACCGCAGACAGUAGAAAGAUUAUUGGCACUGAGUGACAUUCAUCAACAAGCCGCGGUCUUCAGUAAAUCUCUAAUAAAAUUAGAGGAACUGCAAGUCGAAAUCUCGUCUGGAUUAGAAAGUAACAAGUCCCUGCUGAAGGGAGUGCAGGAAAGCUUCGCCUCCAAUAUGGAGGUUAUAAAAGGCAAUAUAGCGUUGCUCGACGAGCGUAUCAAAAAGCUCACCAAGUCAUCAAAAUAGAGGUGUUAAAAUCUGCCUAGCGCACCUAGAUCGAUUUAUGAAGAUCGCCUUACUCGUAGCAUUUAUACUUGUAUACCACGUUGAAUUAUUUAUUUGAUGAUUUAUAAAUUCUAUAUACUUCGUUUUGUAUCCAACGAUUAUUUCGUCGCUGUUCUCAAAAUAUUCUGCUGCUAUAUUCGACUUCUGUAACUAAUCUAACUGCUGAAAGGACAAGUCUGCUAAAAUCGUUCAGCUAUACAAUUGCACGAACGCAAGAAAUGCAACUUUGUACGAUAAAAUAAAACUGAAACUUCGGUAAAAAAAAAACUUACAACUUUUAUUGAACACUGUGUAUGAUGCGGAUAUAGGAGAGUCGACGAGUGUUACGAGGUAUAACUUAAGUAUAAGUUAUUU